ACACCGACCAAGGUUACUGAUUGUUGAGAAUUGACAAAAGCCAAGCGAAGUGAGUGAAGCGAUGAUGAACUCAGGCAUGCAGAAGCCACCUUUGGCCCCAAAACCAAAGCUGGCCCAGCCCCAGAGGCCAGGGCCGUCUCCCUCAACCCAACGAAGAGACUGCCUCGCACUUCCGUCUCCUGGCACGCAGAGGACGGUCAAACCAGUCCUGGCCCCCAAACCCUGCCUCUCCAAGCUCACCACUGUUGUCGAAUCCAAACGGCUCGCCACAAAGAGCCAGCUCCAAACAUCUGCAACAGAAACCCCACGCAUCGGCGGCCUUCUUAACUCCCAAAAUGGAAUACAGCAAGAGAACAAAAAGUCAGAUUGGGAUUACAUUAUUCCCAUUUGCCUGUGUAGCCAGGAACACUGCAUGUGCUACAUGUCGGCAAACGGAAGGCUUCCCCCUCCACCUCGAGGAACUGCGAACAACAGAGGAGACAAAACGGACAAUGCUCAGUGCAAAAAUAUGAACACGUCCACCAAUAAUCACCUCGCAAACCAUAAACGUCUUCAAGAAUCCUAUACUUCGGAUAAACUUCUCAACACUGACAACACCGGCGGUCCCGAGGUGACCGCUCGGCCGUCCUUACCUCACAGGACAUGGAGCGAUGAGGCGAACGGUAACGUGACGCCUCCGAGUGCACCUGGGCGCGGACCAGAGGAAGACGCUCUUGGCUCGGAGCAGAUGUCUCGUGUCCCCCGGCCCAAACCAGGCCCAGCAGCCUCUAGGAAGCCCAUCCCUGUCCCUGUACCACGGAAACCCAGGACCGCUGUGCUGGCCCUUCAGGAAAAGGUGGAGGAGGAGGAGGAGGGUGGAGAGAUCGUAAGCCAGGAAGGGAGGGAAAUGAACGUCAAAGAGGUGAAGGUGUCGCCAGAGGGGAAAGGCAACUCAUCCCCGUCUGUCAGUGUACUGCCUAUAUUUCUGUCUGCGAGAAAAACGUGCGCUCAGCCAGCUCCUCCGCCCAGGAAAAGGCCUCUACUGUCUGCACCUGAGAAAGCAGCAACCUCUGCCCCGCACACUCCCCCGAAGGAUGUGCAGGAGGAAGACCUGGGUUGGGACAGCAGCGUCCAGGAGAUGGAGGUAUCGGUGGACAAGGAGGAUGACGAGGCGGAGAAGGAAGGAACGCUUGGCGAGGAGGCUGUCUACAGUGACUUCACUCAAAGUCCUCCUCCUACAAGUCCGCUCCAUCACCCGGAGCCGCAGCCUCCUGCCGUCACUGUGGCAGCGGAGUACGAGGUGGUCAAGGUGGCUCCCAAGAAGCCCGAGACUAACGGCAGCCCGAUGGCACGGAUGCAGAGGACGGGAUCUUCCGAGUGUGAACUAGGGGGCGGUGAGAAAAGUCCGGGCCUUCCUACGCAGCGUCGUGUUUUGAAGGACCGAGUGACGAGGGAGCUGCCUUUGCCUCCCGUGGAGAAAACGAGCAGGAAAAAAAAGUGUGUUCGGUUCAGCCCGGGCAAGCCGAGAGCCAAGUCGUUCUCUGGCGCUGACAUCUUUCGCUCCGACGGACAGAAGAGGAUCUCUUUCCGGAAACUGCUGGACUUGAAGCUCGCCGUGAAGAUGCUUCCUAAGCUGUUAGCAAAAGGAGGCCAGAGCUCAGACUGCACCGCGAACGACGUGGAACAAAGUGUGGACGGGGACCAAGAAGGAUGUCAGAACCUCCUCGGGAAUCCCGGGGCUCAGCGUAAAUUCUCCGGACCGCUAAACGGAGUCGAGCAAAGCGUGGACGGAGAGGAUUUAUCUUCUGGAACAGAACCAGAUGUUUUCUACGAGAACAUGCCUCUCUAUGAUGAGAUAUCAGACUACAUGAAUGUGCCCCCCGUGGGAGGGGUAGAUGCAUCUCCGCGGGCCUCCACCUCACAGCUCGCCGACUGGCAGUAUAAUGACGAGGGCAUUUAUGAGGAGCAGGAGCCAUAUAUGUCCUUUGAGAAAAACCCUGUGCUGCUGCAGUGUCAGACGCCAACAGAGUGCGACAGAAUCUCUGUCGACGAGGAGGUGAGGCCCCUGGAUGACGGCCCCUCAGAUGAGGAGUUCUUGGCCAACACCUCCGAGGACGAUGGCAGCUCCGUCUCCAGUAAAGGAGACCCUGAGCAGCCGGAGGAGAGUCCGGUGAGAAGCCGACAGAUUGCGCAGAAGAAGAGCAAGCUUCACCACAUCGCCACAGAAAUUAUGAGCUCUGAGAGUGUGUUCGUCGAUGUCCUGAAGUUGCUUCAUGUCGACUUCCGUGACGCCGUGUCCACGGCGGCUCGUCAGAGUGGGAAGCCUGUGAUCGAGGAGCGUCUUCUCAACCAGAUUCUGUACUACCUCCCGCAGCUCUACGAACUCAACCAAGACCUGCUGAGAGAACUGCAGCAGAGCGUAGCCGAAUGGGAUGAGAAUGCACAGCUAGCAGACAUUUUCCUGAAGAAAGGGCCCUAUCUGAAGAUGUACUCCACAUACAUUCGCGAGUUUGACAAGAAUGUGGCUCUACUGGAAGAGCAGACGAAGAAGAACCCGGCAUUCGGCGCGGUGGUUCGGGAAUUUGAGGCUAGUCCACGAUGUGCUAACUUGGCUCUGAAGCAUUACCUACUGAAGCCUGUUCAGAGGAUUCCUCAGUACCGGCUGUUGCUUACAGACUAUCUAAAAAACCUGUCUGAAGAAUCACGCGACUACAAAGACACACAAGCUGCUCUUGAAAUAGUGAAAGAGGUGGCCAAUCAUGCCAACGACAUCAUGAAACAAGGGGAUAACUUCCAGAAGCUGAUCCAGGUGCAGUGCAGCCUCAACGGCCACCAUGAGAUAGUCCAACCUGGACGGAUCUUCCUGAAAGAGGGCACCCUGAAGAAGCUGUCGAGGAAGGGCAUGCAGCCCCGAACGUUCUUCCUGUUUAACGACACAUUGCUGUACACCACUCCUGUCCAGUCGGGCCAGUACAAGUUCAACAACCUGUUUUCUCUGGCUGGGAUGAAGGUUAGCAAACCCAGCCAAGAGGCCUACCAGAAUGAGCUGAACAUUGAGAGCGUGGAGCGCUCCUUCACUCUCUCAGCGAGUUCGGCCUCAGAGCGAGAUGAAUGGCUUAAGGCCAUCUCCACGGCGAUCAGUGUCUACACUAAGAAGAAGAUCAGCUUCAUAUCUGGAAAACCUCCAGAAGAGGUAGAGCUGAGAGAUGGUGGUGAAGGUGCUCCUUUGGGAUCCACAGCCCCGAUAUGGAUCCCUGACCCGCGGACCACCAUGUGUAUGAUCUGCACCUGUGAGUUCACCAUAACCUGGAGACGACACCACUGCCGCGCAUGUGGAAAGGUGGUGUGCCAGUCAUGUUCCGCCAACAAAUGCUGUCUUGAAUACCGAAAGAACCAGUUGGCACGAGUGUGUGACCAGUGUUUUCCUAUUCUUCAAUUGCAGAAAAGUGAACGAGCCCGCUCGGCAACCGUCUCCCAUGGAAACAGAGCAACCUUUGCUUUCCCCAGGAAGCAGAAGAAGAUACCCGCAGCACUCAAAGAGGUGACGGCAAGCACAGACAACUCCUCCAUGAGUGGGUAUCUGCAGAGGUCAAAGAGCAAUAAGAAGCAGGGGAAGAGGCUGUGGUUCGUUAUCAAAGACAAAGUCCUGUAUACAUACGCUGCAAGUGAGGACGUUGCAGCCUUAGAGAGUCAGCCCCUGUUGGGGUUCAUGUUGAAAGUCGAUUCAUCAGAGAAGUUACAGUUUAAGCUUUACCACAAAAACACACUUCACUACAUUUUUAAAGUCGACGACCUCGUAACAGCACAACGAUGGAUCGACUCAUUCAAAGACGCCACGGUGCUUUAAUAUUGCUUGACAGUGUGUGCGUGUGGCUGUUCAUUAUACUGUUUUACCUCAGUGUUCUCUGAAAAAACAUCUGGAGACACUAUAAUAGUUGCACUGAAAUGAAAUAAAAAGAUAGUAUUUUAUUGCUUCUAUCAGUGUAAUUACAUUUUCCAUAGUUUUUUAAAAGGAUGGGAAUUAGCCGUUAGUUUUGUUUAUUAACAUUUUUUUCUCCAUUUCCAUUCAUGCAGUUUAAGAAUCAUAUGCCCCAAUCUGUGGCUAUAUUAGACCUUUUUUUGGUUACAUUUUUACGUUUUUUAGUAAUCGGCUUGCUUCUGUGCAGCACAGAUUUGUUAAUAAAAGCUUUUUGUCAAUAGAUGAAUGUCAUAACAUUUUCAUGACAUUUACAAUGGAAUUUUUAGAGGUAAAAACA